GUCUCAGUGGGAGGGGUUAUGGGGAUAUAAGGAUACAGAAGAAGUCUGAAACUCACACCAGUCAAAAAGACUUCAAGACUACUUGGCUGAUCGAUAACCUUCAACAGGUUGAAGACAUGUCUUCGAAUCAAACGCAGGUAGCUGCCUUGGGUCGGCCUUUCUCUUUAGGCAUGCUGUAUGAUGCUCGCAAAGAUCAGCUGAUGACAGGUUUCACUCUGUGGGAGAGAGAAACUAUCAACAAGAACAAGACCAGACAGAUUCAGAAAAGCAGUUUCCCUAAUAUCAGUGUCUCUGACUCGUUUGAAUCCAAGUCUUCUCUGAUGGAUCUGAAUGUGUCUCUCAAGGCCAGUUUUCUGGGUGGUCUGAUACAGGUUGGGGGAUCUGCUGGCUUUCUGAAUGAUAAGAAGAAGUUCAAGAAUCAGAGCAGAAUAACCUUUCAGUACAAAGCAACAACUGAAUAUGAAGGGCUGGCUCUGUCUUCUCUCAAAGUUGAGAACCCUCAAGCUAAAGAAUUAGUUGAGAAAAGCAAUGCAACACAUGUAGUUACAGGCAUCCUUUACGGGGCAAAUGCUUUCUUCGUGUUUGACAGCGAGAAGUUAGAUUCCAGCAGUGUUCAGACCAUUGAAGGCAGCAUGCAGGCUGUGAUGAAUAAAAUCCCAUUGGUGGAUAUUGAGGCCAAAGCAGAAUUAAAGCUGAAUGAAGCAGAAAAAUCUAUUACCAAUAAGUUCUCCUGUACAUUUUACGGUGACUUUAUUCUUGACAAGAACCCUGCAACGUUUGAAGAUGCAUUGCACACCUACUACAAGCUUCCAGAGCUCCUUGGAAAAAAUGGGGAGAAUUCAGUUCCUGUUAAAGUCUGGCUGACUCCUCUGAAGGAUCUGGAAAUAUGUGGAGCUGAGCUGAAGAAACAUAUUUCUACCGGUUUACUCAGAAAAACUACAAAUUCUGUAGAAAGUAUCAGAGAAAUGGAAAUGAGAUGCCAUGAGGCUCAGGAGGAGAAAGUAGCCGUGCGUUUUCCUCAGAUUUGUAAAAAGUUGAUUCUUUUUGAAGAUCUCUGUAAUGACUACACAACAAUGCUCAGACAGACCAUGCAGGAGAAGAUUCCUCUCAUUCGGGAAGGUAAAGAAGAUGAAGAAUCUGUGGAGAAGCUUCUUGAUGACCAGGAGAAGUCUCCAUUCAGUUAUAAAAACUUAGAUAAGUGGUUAGAUAAUGCAGAGAGAGAAAUUAACGUCAUCAGGUCCUGUGUGGACAUUAUGGAGGGAAUCAAGAUCGUUCCAGACGAGAACAACUUGGAAAGAGAGGCUCUAGCGGCCGGCUUAGAGGACGUCACCUGCUUUGUUUUUACCUCUUUGGAAAGUGAUGACCCCUUCCUGGACCAGAUGAUGAACUAUCUGAGCAAAGAUAAGACAAAGCCUCCACCCAGCGUGACUCCGCCCAAUAAAGACCAGUGGUUCUUCUCAGACCAAGUUGUAACCAACAUGAGGAAAAAAGCCAGUGAGAUGAUUUCAGCUGCUAAAGAACUGCAGGGGAGCAGCAGAUUUCGUUUCCUUGUAGCAGCUCUGCCCAAAGAAGAAUUCAAAGGAGCAACCAUCUACCAAUACAGGGACGGCCGUCUGCAAACCGAAGACUUCUCCCGGCCUGCUGUUCCUGAUGUGACAGCUCAGUUAGACCCAAGAGAUCUUGCAUGGUACCACUGCGAUUUGACCUUGGAUCCAAACACAUGCAACGGCUGGCUUCAUCUAUCUGAUCAAAACAAGAAGGCAACAUGUGGAACCCAGCAGCAGUAUCCUGACAACCCCUGGAGAUUUGACCACCAUACUCAGGUUCUGUGCCAGCAGGCGCUGACAGGAAAGCAUUACUUUGAGGUUGAGUGGAGCACUAAACAUCCUAAUAAGGUUGGAGUAGCUCUUGCAUACAAUAGCAUGCAAAGAAAAGGAGAUAAACAGCCAAGUAGCUUUGGAGAGAACAAUGAAUCCUGGUACUUUGGUAUUAAAAAUAAUGAGCUCGAUGCAUGGCGUAAUGGUAAGGUGUGGAGUAGUGUUGUUCCUGUUGAUGGAUGCAGCAGAGUUGGAGUGUAUCUAGAUACACCAGGUGGCUCUCUGUCCUUUUACAAGGUCUCCAAAAACACACUGACUCACUUGUACACCUUCAGGGCCAAAUUCACUGAACCACUUUACCCAGGUCUGUAUGUUUGGCAUACAUCCAACUUUGUUUCCUUCAGACCAAUUUAGAAAUGAACCAUAGAGUCAAUAAUGCAAGAUUCAGACAGAUGUGACAUCAAAUAUAUGUCAUGGCAUCAUCAACAAAAAAACUACCAGAUUCACAGAAGUACUUUCAUUUUAAUUGGAGCUUUUAUUGAACCUUUCACUGCUUUUCCUCAGUGUGAAUUUUGAUAAAAACGUUUCACACAGUGACUAACCUGAUCCAAAGCAGCACUCUCUAGAUAUAUUUGUUAGAAUUCAUCUAACAGAUAAAAAUCUUUUUGACUCCAAGUUAAAUCCCCACAAAGGAACAGGUGAAGGAUUUGAUUGAAAUCCAUCCGAUACGCUUACAUUUAAAAAGUAAUUAGGAAGUGUGACCAUCAAUGUCUGUCUGUGUUCAUGUGAAUCCAACAUUAUAACUGAUAACAGCAGAAUUCAGACUUGAAGAACAUUCUGUUCUGCUGAAUUUAAACCCAGCCAAGGGUCCGGGUUACGCUGCACUACCACAAAUCAUAAAAAUAUUAUGUUUUUCCUAACGUGAAUUGUUGAUGAUUUAGAUUUUACAUACUGAUGACUCAAAGUCAGUCCUAGAUCAGUUUAUCAGACCAUUAUUUUUAUAGCACCAUAUGUAAAAGGUUGUGCAACACAAAGUGCUGCAUUAAAAUCAGACCUCCACCCUGCGGAGUCUCAUAUUGUUUGAACUUGAGACUGUGUAGAUCCUCUGAAGGUGUCUGACUGUCAGCUGCCAUCUGCUGUCCAUUCUUCCAGGUGAACCACGAUCAGGUAUCAACAUGAUGUAAAAUCCUAUGUAACAAGCUCACAGUCUGUCAUGGUAAGAGAGAAGAGUGGUUUGGCUCUUAGGUGUGUUCAGGACAGGUUUUUCUGCAAGUUGGAUUACAGGAUAACUGUUUUAUUAGUCUUUUCUGUUAUAUGGUACAAGGAUCAUUUUAUGACUUUUAACGGCUUUUAUGAACCAUACAAUAUGCUCAUGUUUUUAGCAUUUACAGGGUUUUCUACCAUACCAGGUGAGGUGAUAACAAGGAUCUACUUUUUUGUGGUGGAGGAAAUUAAUGUUUUGAGUUACUGGUGAAUUUAGGUCCUGUGUUGUGUUCAACUAAAUGAUGAUGCUUUUACGUGCUUCCAUAGAAACUGGUAUGUGAAAAGGUUUUAAUUGCAUGCUAAAUGACUGUCAUCCUUAAUAAAUGAAUAAUAUGAAA